AUGGGAUAGUUGUAAUGCACUCAAGUAGAAAAACAGCCUAGUAUUAUAAAUAGACUAGAAUUGGAUUGUGAAAAACAAGUAAAUAAUAAGCAAGAUGACAGAGCGAAUUCUUUUUCUUAUGUUCAUGCUAUUGGGCUCUAUUUAAAUGUUGGAAAUAAUCCUAAACUGGAUGAAAUAUGGGAAAAUAAACUUAAUUCAUUUAAAGUGUAUGAUGAACCUCCUAGAACCUAAUCCAGUUACAGAAAUUCUCUUACCAAACCUAGGAAUAUCGAAUAGUUUUUUGCGGAAUGUCCAUUAAUAACCUAGGAUUUUGAAUAUUAUAUGUUCGUAUUUUUCAUCUAGGAGAAAUAAGAAUUUAAGUGCUAUGGAUUGAUUGGUCUUCCACAAAAGUACAGAUGGGCAUAUUGGAAGGUUAUCACAUUAUAAAAGGAUAUCAUGCACAAAAAGAUGGAUAAUCAAAUAACUAAUGCAUUAUAUCAUAUAUAGAAAGACAUAAAUAGAACAUUAAUUAGCGAAUUGUUCAAAGAAGGUUCUGUAAUAGAGAAAUUGGAUUAUGUUCUCACCAAUUUAGCUCGUUUAUGUCCUCAAGUAGGAUAUUGUUAGGGCAUGAACUACAUAGCAGCUUUGUUUUUGAUGGUCUCAGGUGCCAAAGAAUAAGAAACUGUUUGCGUUUUUGGUUAACUACUUGAUUCUUCUUUCUACAUGUUCAAUCUACUAUUUAAGGAGGAUCUCCCAUUGCUCUUCAUUAUAGAAGAAAUCAUUAUGAAAUUGAUGUAAAAGUAAAUGCCGAAGGUGUAUAACCAUUUUACAACUUGUAAUAUUUCCCCUUCGAUUUGGAUCAGUAAGAUUUUGUUGAGUGGAUUUGUAUACCUGUUUGAUUUAUUGGACUGUGUUUUGUUGUGGGAUUACAUUUUUAUCAAGGGCACUGUUCUAGGAUACACAGAUCUGAUAUUGGCAAUGGUUACUAUCUUUUAAGAUCAGUUAUUGACUAAAGAUGAGGCAGAACUUUCAAUAUUUUUUAAUUUUCAGGAUUAAAAAGUAAAAUGUGCAGAGAAGAUCAUUAAACAAGCCUUAAAAAAACCAAUUUAAGAGAAGGAAAUCAGAGAGAUCAUGAAAAAAACAAAUAAAAAAUUAGAAUUAGUUGAAUUAUUUAAGUUGUUUGGCAAAGAUGAAUUUGAGCAACAGUAUAAGAAAUACUCCAAAGUGAUUAAAAAUUUUGUUAAUUGUCUUAGAAUAAAAUAAUAAUUAAAUUUAUGUAAUAUAAAUAAUAUAAAGAAUGUAGAUUAUGUUAGAGUUCUUUAUCAAGUAUGGAAUUUAAGAAUAAAUAGGUAUUAUAAUGCCUUUCAUUUCUAUUUCGCCAAACCGAUAUCAGAAAUAUUGGCCAAUUUGCAAAUUGAUCAUGUUAUUUUAUUUAAGGAUUUGUUGUACUUCAAUGAUGAUAACGACUAUUUAACAAAAUGUUACGAUAAAUUGGACUAGAAAUAAAUAAUGAGCAAACUUUAAUUCAAGAUUCCAAUACCCAAUUUGUUAAUCGUGACAGCACAUCAAAUUCUAUAGAAGCGAAACAAUAAACUGCAAAAAUUACAAAAAUAACCUGUUCACAAUGUGGCAGCCACCAAUAAAUAUCAAAUUUUAUUCAAUACCACUUAAAAUAUUGAUUUAUCAUCUGAAAUUGAAGAAUAUGAAAAUAGAUUAAUAAGUUGGGAAACUUCAGAGCAUAAUAUUUACUCUACUUCUAACGUGUCUAAUAAUUAGAUUAAACCAAUUACACAAAGACUAUAGAGUAUUCUUAAUAAAUCCAAUUCCGUUCAUUAGUUACAUUAUUAAUAAAAUGAUAAGGAUAUUUCUAUGGUAUUCAGAGAUAUUAACAAAUUCACUAAUCGAUAACUAAUGAAAAUAUCACCUAAACAGAUGGUUAAUAAAAAGAGUGUUAAAAAUAAUGGAAAAUCCAAAAAUUAAUCUAAAAAUACAAAUGUGAUCGUUCCUAAACUAAGAAUUCCCAAAAUCAUUGAUAACAAAGUCAAUUUUCAAUAACUGUUGAACCAAUAUGAUUAGAUUAUGUAAUAGAGAUAUUGUUAAACUGAAAGACAAUCGAAAAGUGACAAAUAAUAAACAAAUAAAGGGCAAUUAUAUAACAAAUAGUAAUAAUCAAUUUAUUCUGUACCAAGUUCUUCUAAUUUUCCAGGAAAAGGAUUAAGUACAUGUUCUGCUUCACUCUUAUUGAAGUCACUGUCAAAAAUGUCUAUGGACAAGUCCCCAAUGACAUCAAGAAGAUUAGAAAUAAAGUAGAAUCUUACAAAUUUGAUAAAAUAACAGGAAAGAGAUAUGGGAUUUUAUACCUAAAGAUGA